AUGGAGAUGCCUGUGUACAAGAGUAAAGAGCAUGGUGACUUAGAGGACAUUGUUCGGAGAACAGUCGAGCAGAAGGUCGAGGAAAUGUUCAAGAAGGAUGCAGUUGUGAAGAAAGGAGGUAAGCGUAUGGGAGGAAGUGUAAGACCUGGACCCAAACCUACUGAUAUCUGUCGGGCUUGUAAAGGACAAGGACACUGGGCCCGAAACUGCCCAUCUUUAAACGAGAACGAGGCUGGCCCAGGGCCCCGACACCGGCCCCGACACCAGCCUUAGGUAACCAGAGAAGGGUCAUCAUAUAUCCUUAUCGAAGUCCAGUAGAACAAACGAAAGUCAACACAGUACAAGAGGUAAAUAGUUACAAAGGUUAUCAUGUUAGAGCUACUGUAAACAAUGUGGAGACAAACUUUCUCAUAGAUACUGGUGCAGAAGUAAGUUUGAUUUCUGCAGAUGUACCAGGUUUAAUUAUUAAAGAAUCUCAAGUGCAUCCAGUUUCAAUAACUUAUCAGCCAAUUGUUGUUAAGGGUGAAACUGAGGUAUCGUUAAAUUUAGGGAGUUUAAAUACCACUUGGAAGUUUCUUGUUGUUGAAAACAUGACGGAAUCUGUUCUCGGGGCAGACUUAAUAGCUGAACACCACAAGCGCUCGUGGGGGUUCAAGAACAAUAAACUUUGGUUUGACGAUAUAGCUAUUCCCUUAAUUGAUACCCAACAAGUUCGAAUCGUAAAGGGAGAUAAUUCUUGCCCAGUAAUUGCAAAAUGCACUGUAGAAUUUCCGGCCAGACACCAACUAGUAAUUCCAAUGCGAACUAAGGAUAGGACCAGCCGAGAUGGAAUAUUUAAAUCCUGUAAGACACCUGGUGGGGUAUUGCUAACAAAAACUGUUGUACAACCAAGUAAAGACGGUAGUUUUUUGGUUAAGGUGAACUUUCAAAAUGUUACAUUAUUCAAAAAUAAAAAAAUUGGGAAACUAUCAGAUAUUGAAGAGGUUUUGAACACUGCGCACGACUACCAGAUUCAGCAUGAUGAGCAUCCAGUUGUCUCUCCCAUCCAGACUGAGAAUAUUGAUUUUUUGCAUGAUAUUGGUAUAGAAUUAAACCAGAGUGAUCUAAAGAGGCAUGAAAGGGAACAACUUGAGAAGCUUCUCUUUUCCUACUCAAAUGUGUUCUCCAAAAACAAACGAGAUUUAGGGACAUGUAAGUUAGGGACAAAACAUCACAUACACCUAAAACCAGAUACUGUGCCAGUCAAACAACCGUUACGCCGAAUUCCAUUUGCUUAUCAGGAAGAGGUCAAAAAUGAUUUGAAAAACAUGCUAAAGGAUGGAAUAAUAGAGAAAUCGGUUUCUGAAUGGGCAAGCCCCCUAGUCCUAGUUAGGAAGUCAUCAGGAGACCUGCGGAUAUGUGUUGACUAUCGGAAAUUAAAUGAGGCCACAAUGUUAACAAGUUACCCAUUGCCUAACUUAACUGAAACACUUGAUCGUUUGGCUGGAGCAUCUUAUUUCACAUCGAUUGAUAUGGUAUCCGGAUACCAUCAGGUUGAAGUGGCCGAUGAAGAUAAAGAGAAAACUGCAUUUGUAUCCCCAUAUGGACUAUUUCAGUACUGUAGGAUGCCCUAUGGGUUGGCAGGGGCACCGGCAACCUUUCAAUCCGUUUCGAGGACAUGGUCCAAGUAUUAGAGACUGAGGAUAUCAUGGCCAACCUUGAUGAUGUUAUUUGUUUUCACGCCACCUUUGGCAAGCAUUUGGAAGGAAUUCAGAAAUUGCUUGAGAUGGUAAGCAGAGCCGGUUUUAAACUAUCUGGGAAGAAAUGCCAAUUUGCUAAACUUUCUGUAAGAUUCCUGGGUCACAUUAUCGACAAUACUGGUGUUAGACCGCUACCUGAGAAACUAGAUAUUAUCAGGAAUUGGAAGGCUCCUGAGAGUGAGGAUGAAUUGCGGCGAUUUCUUGGAGUGUGCACGUUUUGGAGAAGAUUUGUGAAAGAUUUUGCCAAAAUAGCCGUUCCACUUCACAAUCUUUUAAAUAAAGAGGAAAAUUUAUGGACGAAUGAAUGUCAGGAUGCGUUUAACCUGUUGAAAGAAUCGUUGUGUUCUUCGGUAACGUUGAAACUUCGGUUCUCUGUGACAUGUGAUGCAUCAUAUUUUGCGGUGGGUUACUACCUUGAACAGGCUGAUAAAUCUGGCCAAAAGCGCCCACCAGAAAUGAACUACUCCACUACGGAGAAAGAAUGUUUGGCAGUUAUUGAAGCACUGAAGGCAUAUCGUUCGUACCUGUUGGGGAACCAGUUUGAUUUAUACACGGACCAUCAAUCUCUAAAAUGGCUGCUAACUCGAACGAAAGAGCAUAGUGGUCGCCUAUGGCGAUGGGUGGAUAAAAUCCGUGAGUUUCAGUAUUUGGUUAAGCAUAUUCCAGGACGGAAUAACACAGUGGCGGAUGCCUUGAGCAGAAUUCGAAAUGUGGCAACUCGAGAACCAACACCAUGGAACUUAGAGUACAUUCGUCAGCAACAAGAAUCCUGUUCGAAGAUAAGCCAACUAAAAUCCGUGUUACAAUCAGAAUUACAACAAAUAAACACCAUGGGCAUGGAGUUAAAGGCAUUUGAGGACGAACUACCCAACUUAUUUUUACGGAAGGAUGGGGUGUUGUGUCAUUAUGACAGUGAUAGAAACACCAGAAUAGUGAUUCCUCGUUGUCUCAUUCCGAGAGUACUACACAUGAUGCAUAAUGAUAUGGGACAUUUCGGAUUCAAGAAGACCUUUCAAAGGAUCAAAGAUAAGUAUUUCUGGCCACAAAUGUCAUCUGAAAUUGAAGAUUGGUGCAGAAAGUGCGAAGUGUGUCAACGUAGAAGGAAUCCGGUACCUUCCCAAAGAGCUCCACUUCAAUCAAUUUCUACAUGCCGCCCGGGCGAACUGGUUACAAUGGAUAUUGUUGAGUAUGCACAAAGUUAUCGUGGAUACCGUUAUUGUUUAGUGAUGAUUGACCACUUUACAAAGUGGUUAGAAUUAUUUCCAUUAAGAAAUCAGAAGGCGGAAACAAUCGCGAAGAAAGUGUUUGAUGGUUGGAUCCCUCGGCAUGGAGCACCCGAACAACUCCACCACGACCAAGGGAAGAACCUGACAGCUGAAAUAAUCCGUGAGGUAUGCUCGUUCCUAGAAAUCUGGAAUACACGGACAACACCUUUCCACCCACAGUCAGAUGGGGCGUCAGAGAGGAGCAUCCGAACCGUUAAUAACAUGCUAGCCAAGGUUGUUGCUGAGGACCAACGGAAUUGGGAUUUGUAUGUGUCAUCUACUUGUUUCGCAUACAAUACAGCAGUUCACAGUACCACUGGUUAUACGCCUAGUUAUCUCGAAUAUGGCAGGGAACUCCGUCUACCAAGUGAUCUUGUUAUGAAUGAUCAACAAACCCCAAAGAAUAACUCUCACACCGAGUAUGCAACAGAAUUGAAGAAAAGGCUUGCUAAGGCGUUCGAAUGCAGCAGGGAAACGCUCGAGUCAUCUCGUAGAACACAGAAACAUUAUUACGACAGGAGGGCGAGAGGAAACGUUUAUAAAGAAGGUGAUUUGGUCAUGUGGAAGGAUCAGAAAACCCGAAACGGAAGGUGUAUGAAGCUGAACAAACCAUGAACGGGCCCAUGGAAGAUUAUUAAACGCCUAGGGGAAGUUGUGUACAGAAUAAAGUACAUAGGCUCUAACAAGGUUGGGUUGAAGCGAAUGAUUGUCCAUCACAAUCAGUUGAAGAGAUUCUACGAAACCAGAGGAUCGCAAGAGGAACCUGCACAAUCAGAACAAAAUUCUGGACAACUCGUAGCCAAUGAUGGUGAUACAGUUGAAAGCAGGAGCGAUGUUGUCAUUGUUGUCGACGGACCAGGUGCAGAUGACGAACACGAGAUACAACAACGAGAAGUCGAACCUGUGGUUUUGGAACCUGAAGGAAGACCUCAACGACAACGUAGACCACCUGCCUGGCUUGUUCCGUGUGAAAUUAACAUUUAA